AUUGGUUUGCUCAACGAACGCUUCAUCGGCAUUAUUUCCCGGCUUCAAAGGUUUCUCUCUCUUCUCUUUCUCUCUCUUCAACCUCCAUUGAUUGCUUUCUCAAUUCUUCCUUUCUUUCUCUCUUUCCCCUUCUUUCUUUCUUUCUCCAUAUCCUUCAUUUCAUUUUUCUUUUUUUCUCUCCCUUUUUAGGGUUUUCUUCAUUUCCCUUCCUCCCCCCUUUUUCUCUCUUCUGUUUUUUUCCACCCACCUGCCGGACCUCCGAACCUCCUCCACAUUCAUCACGGCGUCUAAGUUACUGGGUUUCUUUCUUUUUGUCCUCAGGUUCACGAUCUGAGGCCCCCCCACCUCCACCUCCACCCCCACCCCACCCCUUUCUCACAAUGAGCGCUUCAAGGUUCAUCAAGUGCGUCACCGUUGGAGAUGGAGCUGUUGGCAAAACUUGUCUCCUUAUCUCCUAUACCAGCAACACCUUCCCCACUGAUUAUGUGCCUACGGUUUUUGAUAAUUUCAGUGCAAAUGUAGUUGUGAAUGGGAGCACUGUUAACCUAGGGUUGUGGGAUACAGCCGGACAGGAGGAUUAUAACCGGCUAAGGCCUUUGAGUUAUCGUGGGGCAGAUGUUUUUAUAUUGGCAUUCUCUCUCAUUAGCAAGGCCAGCUAUGAAAAUGUUUCUAAAAAGUGGAUUCCAGAGUUGAAGCAUUAUGCUCCAGGAGUGCCUAUUGUUCUGGUUGGAACUAAGCUUGAUCUUCGAGAUGAUAAGCAGUUCUUUAUUGAUCAUCCUGGCGCAGUUCCUAUUUCAACAGCUCAGGGAGAGGAGCUUAGAAAGCUGAUUGGAGCUCCAGCAUACAUCGAGUGCAGCUCAAAAACUCAGCAGAAUGUGAAGGGAGUUUUUGAUGCAGCAAUUAGGGUUGUACUUCAACCUCCAAAGCAGAAGAAAAAGAAGAGCAAAGCUCAGAAAGCAUGCUCGAUAUUAUGAGCAAAAUUCUAGUUGUGAAAACAUGACACCACCCUUUGUCUCAUCAACGGGUAGUUUGUUACUGCUUUCCUGGAAACGACGUGGUAUCGAAUUAAAAGACGAGAUGUUCCUGACCUUUAUUAGCCUUUGGUUUUAAUUAUGUACUAAUAGAGAUUUGGAUACGGGAAUGCGACAACAGUUAGGAAAGAAAGAAGGCAAUGUGUUUGGAAAAGGGCAGUUGGAGUUUGUAUGAUGUGCUUUGAAAAGUGUAUGUAUGGAGGGAAGAAGGGGAAGGGGAUUUGUAAUGCAAGUGCAAGUGCAAGUGCAAGUGUGUGCUUCAAAGAGAAACAUUGAUGGAUUCUUUUAUUUAUAAAUUUGCAUUCUGACUUUGACACUUAGUGGUUUUGUUUUGUAGUAUAGAGCCAUAAAUAGUUCUUUGGAGUUAUUUCUACUUCAAAUGAAGCUCCCAAGCUUUGAGUUAGCUUGAGUUUUUAAGUUC